GUACUAACCUUGUCAACUUGCUCCCACCUUAUUUGUGUAUCGAGUGUUCGUCUCAUUCGUGAAAAUAUUAUAAAUUUUGUAUUUAUCGUUUAAAAAUGAGUAUAGCUAAACGUCAGAAAGUAGAUAAUAACGUAGUAGAUGGGAUAAUAUCAUUCAAAUGUGGACUUGAUGAAUGUUUGCCCAUAUACUCUUUGGAGAAUUUGAAAAAUUGGAAACCAUUAGUUAAAAAUCAUAGGACUUUUCCACUUUUAGAAAGAGAACCAAUAAAAAAUCACCCAAAAACUUUAGUGUGUCAUGACAUGAAGGGAGGAUAUUUGGAAGAUAGGCACAUAAAUGGUUCUAAUACAGAAGAAAAUUAUUAUUUUUUGCAUUGGACCGGUAUUGAUAUUUUUGUUUACUUCAGUCAUCAUUUAGUGACUAUUCCUCCCUGUGGUUGGAUUUCUGCUGCUCAUAAAAAUGGUGUCAAGAUAUUAGGUACAUUUAUUACAGAAUGGGAUGAUGGGAUAAAAGUGUGUGAAGCACUUUUAGAAAAUGAAGAUGCCGUGGAACAACUUAGUGCACAACUAGUCAAAAUUGCGAAUUAUUUUAAUUUUGAUGGAUGGCUGAUUAACAUUGAAAAUAAACUUCAAUCAUGCCAAAUAUCACUUUUAGAACUUUUUUUAAAGACACUCACUAAAAAGAUGCAUUUGAGUCAGGAAGGAUCUUUAAUUAUAUGGUAUGAUAGUGUUCUUAAAACUGGCGACCUGAAAUGGCAAAAUGCUCUCAAUGAAAACAAUAGGAUGUUUUUUGACUGUUGUGAUGGAAUCUUUUUGAAUUAUAACUGGACUAAAGACACCCUUCAAAAAUCUGUUGAAAUGGCUGGUGAGAGGAAGACUGAUGUAUUUGUUGGUGCUGAUGUGUUUGGUCGAGGUUGUCCUGGAGGAGGUGGAUUUUCCACUGAUGUUGCUGCUUCUGCAGCAAGAAAAUUUGGUUUAUCUAUGGCUAUCUUUGCACCUGGAUGGAUUUAUGAGUGUUUGGGAAUCAAAGAUUUCAAGGAAAAUCAAUUCAGGUUUUGGAAUUUACUGCAGAAAUUUUGCCCUGUAAGAAAAGUCAAAAGUUUGCCCUAUUAUUCAUCAUUUUGUCCAGGAUUUGGAAAAAAAUUAUUUAAAAAAGGAAAAAUUUUAAGUAGUACUCCAUGGUUUAAUGUGAGUCUUCAACAGCCCCAGCCCAUUUACUUCUCAGAUUAUUGCCCUAAGGAUGCCAGCAUAUCAUUAUAUGAAGAAGAUUCUUUCCACGGUGGUGGUUGUGUCUGUUUGAUAACGAAUGCUGAGAGAAGAGAAAUGGUUUCAAUCUUCAAGUUAGUAUCAUUAUGCGUGAAACAUACAAAAAAAAUGUUGUCAUUUGAUGUUGUUUCAGUUGCAAACAUUCAGUUUGUUUGAUCUUAAUACUAAUAUUUUUGAACCAGCAUGUAAGUAAGAAUGUACAUCAUUGCCCCAUUUUAUAGAUUGUCAUAUAGUUGAUGAAAUAUAUAUAAUGUCGUUGCCGAGUGGAAGGAUUGAAACAGGUCUUAGGCAGGGGAGGAAGGUACAAAAUUUAUUUAUUAAUUAUUCGACAAAGAACAGCUAUAAAAGAGAUCACGAAAAGUUGUGCUCGUUGAUUUAAGUUAGGGAAUAAGGGUAAUCUUAAUAAUUGUUAUUGGUUUAUUAAAUAGAUCGCGCGAUUCCCACAAAGAGCAAAGGUGAAAAUGUCUUACUUUUAAUUAAUGGAUGCUUGAGCCAAAAAUAGAUUUAAGGACAGGAUGUGAAUUUA